GUGUUACAGAAUAAAAAUAUGGCAGAGGGAGACAAGAAACCUGCCAAGAAAAAGCAUGGGAGCCGGAACCCGGUUCUGGCCCGUGGCAUCCGCCGCUACUCACAGGCUGUUAUGUACGGCCGUAGAGCCAUGUACAAGAGGAAGAUUAAGAUUGCAGAGUCUAAGAUUGAGAAGAGGAACAAGGUGAAGCCCAGAGCGACCACUGUAAAGUCUGUUGGUGGAGACAAGAAUGGAGGCACUCGUGUUGUCAAACUACGCAAGAUGCCCCGCUACUACCCAACAGAGGAUGUUCCCCGCAGACUUAAGACCCGCAAAACUAAGCCUUCCACCCAGCGCAGGAGGAAGCUUCGUGCCUCAAUCACCCCUGGAACUGUCCUCAUCUUGCUCAAUGGUCGUCAUCGUGGAAAGCGCGUGGUGUUCCUGAAACAGCUCACAAGUGGACUCCUGCUCGUCACUGGGCCUCUUGUCUUGAACAGAGUUCCCCUGCGCCGAGCUCACCACAAGUUUGUUAUCGCCACACAAACCAAAAUUGACAUCUCCAGUGUCAAGCUCCCCAAAACUCUGAAUGACACCUACUUCAGGAAGAAGAAGCUGAGAAAACCCCGUCAUCAGGAGGGAGAGAUCUUUGAUACCGAGAAGGAGAAGUACCAGCUGACAGAGCAGAGAAAGAAGGACCAGAAGGCUGUUGACUCUCAGCUCCUUCCCCUCAUCAGGAAAGAACCACAGCUGAAAGGAUACCUGCGCUCAUCCUUCUGCCUGUCUAGUGGCGUUUUCCCACACAAACUGGUUUUCUAAACGUGUCGUAAUAAAGAGUAUCACCACGA